CCCUGAAGUGAUCUCGUCCACUUGGACUCUUUAUGCCUGCGGCUGCCUCUCAUCUCUCUCUCUCUUUUCUCUAACGUCUCUGCGGCUUUGUAAUUCACAGAAUCUUUUCUCAAUUGAUUUCCUUUUUGUCUUCUUUUUGUCUCCUUUCAUACAGUCCCAAAGUCUCUCCGUGGAAAAAAGGUCAAAUAAACCUCCCAAGCAUUUUGUUUCGCUAUUCAAGUUAAAAGAUUUUGAGUUUUUGACCCCCGUUUUUCAUGGGUGAAUUUGAAGAUAUUGGAGCUGAUAUUAGUUCCGACAUUGAAGUUGAUGACUUAAGGUGUGAAAAUAUAGCGGAGAAAGAUGUCAGUGAUGAAGAGAUUGAAGCAGAAGAAUUGGAGAGGCGAAUGUGGAAGGAUCGUAUCAAACUCAACAGGAUUAAGGAAAGGCAGAAGAUUGCUGCCCAACAGGCUGCAGAAAAGCAAAAGCCCAAGCAGACCACUGAUCAGGCUCGCAGGAAGAAAAUGUCGAGAGCUCAAGAUGGGAUUCUUAAGUAUAUGUUGAAACUAAUGGAAGUUUGCAAAGCACGUGGAUUUGUCUAUGGCAUCAUUCCAGAGAAGGGUAAGCCUGUAAGUGGUGCAUCAGAGAAUAUAAGAGCUUGGUGGAAAGAAAAGGUGAAGUUCGAUAAGAAUGGGCCGGCAGCCAUAGCCAAGUAUGAGGCAGAGUGUAUAGCUAUGAGUGAGUCAGAUAGCAACAGAAAUGGAAACCUACAAAGCAGUCUCCAAGACUUGCAAGAUGCUACUCUUGGGUCCCUCUUGUCUUCUUUGAUGCAGCACUGUGAUCCUCCUCAGAGAAAGUAUCCACUAGAAAAGAGAAUUCCUCCACCUUGGUGGCCAACUGGGAAUGAAGAGUGGUGGGUUAGAUUAGGCCUACAGCAGGGUCAAACUCCUCCUUAUAAGAAGCCACAUGAUCUUAAGAAGAUGUGGAAAGUUGGAGUGUUAACAGCUGUGAUAAAGCACAUGUCACCUGAUAUUGCGAAGAUUAGGAGGCUCGUACGCCAGUCAAAAUGUUUACAAGAUAAGAUGACAGCAAAGGAGAGUGCAAUUUGGUUGGGGGUUUUGAGCCGAGAGGAAGCUUUGAUUCAGCAGCCUAGCAGUGAUAAUGGAACAUCUGGCAUAACUGAAAUGCUGGCAGGUGGUCGUGGUAAUAAGAAGCAACCUGCUAUCAGUAGUGACAGUGAUUAUGAUGUUGAUGGUGGUGAAGAAGGAGUAGGUUCAGUUUCUUCCAAAGAUGACAGGAGAAAUCAACCAACAGAUGCGGAGCCUGUGGCUUAUAUCAGCAAUGAUGUUUCCCAUCCAGUCCAAGAGAAAGAGCCAGUGGGAAAACAUCCGAAGAAGAGACGUCGUUUAAGAUCAAGCGAUGGUGAUGAACAACCUGGACCAUCUGAUGAACAUGCAAAUACCGAGUCGAGAAGCACUUUGCCUGACAUCAACCAAACUGAUGUAUCAUUUCUGGAAUAUCAGAUGCCUGGUGCACAGAAGGAAAAUGAUGCAAGCACAGCUUUGAGACAUGUGGAGAAAGGUUUAGAUGUUCCACCACAUCUACCUGCAUCUGGAUACAGCCAUUAUCCUGCCAUUCCUUCUGCUAAUAAAAUUUCCACACAGAGCAUGUAUGUAGAUGGAAGGCCGAUGCUCUAUCCGUUAGUGCAAGAUGCUGAGCUGCCAAAUGGUGCUGCGUAUGAAUUUUAUAAUCCAUCGGUUGAAUUUGGGCCUACUCAUGAGGGUCAGCAAACUCAGAUGGAAAUGAAUGUAACGCAGAUUCGGCCAGAAAAUGGGGUCCAUGUGUCAUUACCAGGUAGAAAUGAAAAUGAAAUUACUGUGGGAGAAUUGCAUCAUUAUGUGAAGGACAUAUUUCAGAAUGAGCAAGAUAGAGCUGGUCAUAAUCCCUUUGGUUCUCCAACAAGUGAUCCGUCAUUGUAUGGUGCAUUUCACAGUCCGUAUGAAUUUGGAUUUGAUGGUACCAGUUCACUAGACGAACUAUUUGAUGAUGACUUGAUAGAGUACUUUGGAGCUUAGGUUGGGAAACUUGAGAUGUCAGAGCAUAGAUUGCAAUUUUGCAGGAAGUGUGAAAUUAUGCAUUCAUUACUGACCUGGAUGGAGGAAUUUCUCUUAUCCAUUGAGUCUUUCUAGUGCAGCUGUUACCACUUGAACAUGCAAAGACUGUAAGUCAAGAAAAUUUUCUAAUUCAGUUUUGCUCAUUCUGUUUUAAAGAAGGCAAACAAAAUCAUAAUUUUUUGUGUCAGAGAUUCCUGCUUCCCCUGAAUGGCAAUUGCCAUGAAAGGUUCAUGUAAAUGUGUCAAUUUUAAAAACUGUCCAUAGGACAAACUGGUGACAUAUUCUCUAGACAAAAAAACUUGUUAGUCAAUAUGUUUCUUUCCUUGUAUCUGAACUUUUAUCUGUAUAUAGGUAUCUAUACAACACCCCCCCCUCUUCCCCCCAAAACUCCCCUUACUUAUGACAUAAGCUGCACUUUUGAUUAUUUGUCUUAUCUUCAAUGUUCUUUUGCAUUUGUAUUGAGCUAGUUAUUGACCUUUUGGAUGAUUGUAUAGUACAUAGGUAUAAUAGAUUAGGGCCUUUUCUUGGGGCUAUAUCUUAAAAGGAUUUAAUCCUUGCUUGUAAAUAUGGAUAACCUUAUUCAAAUUCUUAUACUAUAUUUUGCUUCCCUGGGUCGUUGAAGGCCUCAAAACCA